CACAAGAUAAAACAAAUUGUUGAAAGACCAAAGAAUACUUUAAGAUUAUCUGUAUGGUAUACAGUGACAACAUAUACUAUAAUAUUUGAUUCGUAAUUAAUCGAGCACAUGACACAGACGUGCCAACAACUAACUAGAUUUGUUUUAUUUGUUUAUCGUGAUGAGUCUGUUCGUGCAAGCCAUUGGAAACCCGCUCGUGGUUAAUGUAGUCAUUUCAUGGAUUGUUGAACUUCGAAAUAGGAAGUAUUUCAGCAAAUUUCAACUGCGUUUUAGCCUUAUUGUGACGUUUUAUCUACAUAUAGUGCACGCAACGCGAAACAUCAAACCCCAUAAUAUUGUUGAUAAUAUAAUACAUGUCAUCAUAGUGUAGGUUAUAUCUCUUUUGUCAUUUGUGUUAUACAUUAUUAAAAACAAAUUAUAAAUUAAUAAUAAUGGAGAUUGAGUAUCUCUACACGUUGUCAUUCCUGAACCGUGUCGCUGACUUUUUUUUUUUUGUUUCUCAUAUUUUCACGUUUUUGGAUCCGAUCCCAACUUACGAAAAUUUUCUCACCAAUUUUGAUUCAUCUCCGGCUACAACAAUGGCGCAGCAGCAACAACGUCCAAUCUCAAACCGUCCCAUUUCUUUUCUAAACCGCAACGGUCUCUUCCUCCUCCUUCUAGCUCUCCUGUUUCUCCUCGGUGUAUACUUACCUCUGUCUGAAGCUCCCUUAUUCCUGUUUCCAAACAGAACUUCACCAUCCUCUUCUCCUUCUCCUUCUUUUGUGGUGUCUGACUGGCGCGACUAUUCCCUUGCUCAAGCGGCCAAGUUUGUGGCUAAGAAUGGGACGGUGAUCGUCUGCUCAGUUAGUUAUCCUUUCUUGCCUUUUCUCAACAACUGGCUGAUUAGCAUUUCUAGACAGAAGCAUCAUGAAAAAGUUCUCGUGAUCGCUGAAGAUUAUGCUCUUCUGUACAAAGUUAACGAGAAGUGGCCUGGUCAUGCCGUUCUCAUUCCACCAGCGUUGGAUCCUAAAGCCGCACACCAUUUUGGUUCCCAGGGUUUCUACAAUCUUACUUCUCGGAGACCACAACAUCUCUUGGAUAUUUUGGAGCUAGGUUACAAUGUUAUGUACAAUGAUGUUGAUAUGGUCUGGCUACAAGAUCCGUUUAAGUAUUUACAGGGAAACCACGACGUAUACUUUAUGGAUGACAUGACUGCGAUUAAGCCUUUAAAUCACUCUCAUGGUUUACCACCGAGUCGAAAUGGAGUGACUUAUGUAUGUAGCUGCAUGAUUUUCUUGCGUUGCACUAGUGGUGCAAAGCUUCUAUUGAAAAAAUGGGUGGAAGAAAUUCGAGCUCAACCUUGGUCUAACACUGAAGCAAAGAAACCACAUGAUCAACCUGCUUUUAAUCGGGCACUUCACAAAACAACUCAGAUAGAUGUCUACUUGCUUCCACAAUCAGCUUUCCCGUCAGGAGGAUUGUACUUCAAGAACCAGAAAUGGGUUAAUGAGACAAAGGGAAAACAUGUGAUAGUUCAUAAUAAUUACAUUGUCGGCUACAACAACAAGUUAAAACGCUUUCAAGAUUUUGGUCUGUGGCUAGUCGAUGAUCAUUCUCAUCAGUCACCACUGGGAAAAAUAGAGUUAGUCCAAGAGUAAAAUAAUGAAGAGAAGAAACAGAAGGAAAGAAGUUUAAACGGAAAUAUGAGUCAAAAACGAAACUUCCUCUAGAGGAUUUCUUAUAUACAACAAAAUUGGAUCUUAAAAUUAUUGCUCGAAGAUGUAUUCAGAUACAAUUUUCUUUUUGCUAUGACAGUAAAUCAACACUAUAAUAUCACAAGCAUUUCUAGAUA